UCCCGUGCCAAAAAUUUUUUUUUAGUCUUAAGGAAAUUCUUAUAGUCAAUUGCAGAUAAUGAUUGUAGCAGAAGAUCCAAGGAUCGUAACUUUGUUGAAUUAUCGAUUACCAACACCUGAUGAAGGCAAUAACUUGAUUGAAGAGAACAGUAUGUCACAUCAUGACGUGACAUCAUACACUGGAUUUUAUCAUAUUCAUUCCGUAUAUUCGUUUCUUACUUCCAAUGUUAUUUUGCGGAUCAGACGUAAGAUCAUAAGUUCUCUCAUAUUUUACAACCCGCGAUCCAACUGGAGUGUGCAUUAUCCAUUUGAAAAAUUUGGUGGCGAAAAUGUCGUAACUUCCGGCAUAUUACACGGAAAAGUUUUGAUUUUGGGAUUCAAAUCAGGUCAUGUACGGAUUUUUACUGUAGAAAAUAUUGAACUGCUUAAAAAAUCCUAUUUGAAUCUUGAUUCAGGGAUUGAGUAUCUUCUAAGCGACGAACCAAUUGAAUGGUUGGAACUUUUUGAGACUCCAGAAAAAUUAAUUAUUAUUGCAAUAACAAUUUACAAAGUCUAUUCUAUUAAUUUAUUUCCUAGGAACAGCACUCAGUAA